AUGGCGGGCGGCGACAGCUUUGGCUGCUGCGGCGGCCUUGUCGAGGGUUUCUGCGGCCUUGCUCAGGUUUUCCUGGCUCCUCGGGGGCGUCCGUCUGCUGGAAUCCUCGCCAGGAGGCCCGGCGAUCCGUUCUUGAGUUCUUCUCAGGCUGGGUGGGCGGUGUCGCCGCGGGAUGUGGAGGUCCGCUGCGACAUGGAACGCUCUUCCGGAGCGGCGAGGAUGCUGCGUUUUGAUUAUCGGGAGGAGAACCUGCCCCCCGCGGCCAGGAACUCGCCGGCGGCGGCGGGCGAUCUGUGCUCGAGUUCUUCUAUGGUUGGGUUGACAUCGUGGGAUAUGGAGAUCAUGGCCGAGACGGAGUACUCUCUCCCAGUGGCACGGCAGCUGCGUUCUGCUGGUCAGGAUGAGGGCUUGUUGUCCCCAAUGGUCAGGAAUUCGCCGGCGGAGGCGCCACCGCAGCCGAAGGGCAUGGCCGGUGGCGUUGAAGACGACGACGACGACGAUGACUGCGUGAUUCUGGACAGUGAUCCUUUCAGCGCGGUCGCCGUGAAUGAUGAGAAGGACGGCGGCUCGGAUGAGGAGCUGCAGAUAGUCGCGGAGAAAGGCAAGGUAGCAUGCAGGGACUUCCCACACUCGCGCCAUUUAUGUUCUAAUAUGCCCUUCGGCGCUACCUCUCACGAGAAACAUUGUGCCAUGUGCUACUGUUUUGUGUGUGACGCCCCAGCUCCAUGCAGUCAUUGGGGUAAGGGUCUCUCGGUUGGCGAUCAUUGUCACGCCACGGAUAAGGAAACCAAGUGGAAAAUGCUGAGGGAGGCAUUCAGGUGCAGAAAUCUACCAGCGUCUCAUCCAGAAACAGAAACUGCUGUGCACCCAGCAAUGGUGUCGCUCGGCCGCCUUUUUCUUAGCAAUCAGAUUUCUCUUCAGGAUGUUGUGACCCAAAACCGAAACACACAUACUUCAGUUAGAGCCUCACUGAGUGUAGCACCGAUUGUCAAUGCGCCAAGAGAGGGAAGUGGUACAGGCAGUGCUCACACUGCUCAAGUUACCCGCCUAGGAGAGCCAACUGUCAGUGCACCAAGGGCACACCCUGUGGCAGGAGCUGGAAGAGGUACAAGCAGCACUCACACUGCUCAAAUUUCUGCCCCAAGAGCAUUCUCUGCAACAGGAGUUGGAAGAAGUGGUACAAGCAGUGCCCACAGUGCUCAAGUUACUCGCCUAGUAGAGCCAACUGUCAAUGCACCAAGGCCACACCCUGAAGUGGGAGCUGGAAGAGGUACAAGCAGCACUCACACUGCUCAAAUUACUCACCCAGUAGAGCCAACUGUCGGUGCAGCAAGAGCAUACUCUGCAGCAAGAACUGGAAGAGGUACUAGCAAUGCUCAGUCUGCUCAAAUUACUCGCACCGUGGAGCAAACUGUCAGUGCACCAAGAGUAUACCCUGCGGCAGGAGCUUCAAGCAAUGCUCACUCUGCUCAAAUUACGUACCCUGCCACUGCAGGUGGCUACCUCCCGGAGCCCGAUGCGCCGGAGGGGGCCACGAUGUACGUCGGGAACCUACCCUACCACAUUGACAAUGAGAGACUCAAGCUAAGCUUCCAAGGUGCUGGGGUCGUCCUGUUCUCAAAGGUCAUUUAUGACAGAGAAACAGGCCAGAGCCGUGGAUUUGGGUUUGUCACCAUGAGUACUGUUCAGGAGGCUGAGAAGGCUGUGAGGAUCUAUCAUGGCUCUGGGAUGUAUGGCAGGCCUCUGACUGUAAAAAUCGCAGCUCCUAGAGGAGGCGCCCGGGUGGAUGCCCCUCGCCGUCAAUCCGGUUCCCCACUCAGAAUAUUCGUAUGCAAUCUGCCGAGUCAAGUGGACAACUCUCGGCUGGAGGAGCUGUUCAGCAAGCAUGGCAAAGUGGUUGAUGCAAGAGUUGUCUAUGAGCGCCGAGAAGGGGCCUCGUGUUCGAGGGGAUUUGGCUUCGUCACAAUGGCGACCGACGAGGAAUCGUACAAGGCGAUACGCGCCCUCAACAAGCAGAUUCUGGAGGGAAAUGCCCUGGGAGUGAAGGUUGCAAGGGAGCGGGCAGACCCAGUCUGCCUCCCUCUUAGCAACCGGAUUCCUCCUCAGAAUGCUGUCAGUCCAAACCAACACGCACAUACUUCGGUUGGAGCCUCGCUGAAUGUAGCGCCAACUGUCAGUGCCCCAAGAGCAUACCGUAUAACAGGAGCUAGAAGUAGUACAAGCAAUGCUUCCACUGCGCAAGUUACUCACCGACUAGACCCAACUGUAAAUGCACCAAGGCCGGGAGAAUAUGAGAUCCCCUCUAGUUGA